AUGGCCGAAAAAGACGCUGCGGUAAUGCACCUGGAGAAUCAACCAGGCAAUGGAAUAUCCGUCGAAGAUGCCGAAUUCUUAGCCAAUUUCUCAGAUGAGGCAAAGAAGAAGGUCAUUAAAAAGGUCGAUAUGAGACUGGUUCCCAUGUUUGUUCUGCUGUAUUUGGUGGCAUAUAUCGACAAGACAAAUAUCGGCAAUGCCAAAAUUGAGGGCCUGCUCCCCAGUCUGAAUAUGAGCGGCCUGCAGUAUAAUAUCGCCUUGUCUAUUUUCUUCAUCCCCUAUGUUCUCGCUGAGGUCCCAAGUAAUAUCAUCUUGAAUCGCCUGAAAAGACCGUCGCAGUACUUGGGAUUCUUGAUCUUCUGCUGGGGCGUGAUCAUGCUGUGCACGGGGUUUGUUCAGAACUUCGCUGGCUUGGUGGUUAUUCGCUUCCUCCUGGGUCUUUUUGAAGCUGGAUUUUUACCCGGUGCGGUGCUUGUGAUUUCGAAAUGGUACCUCCCCAACGAGACACAGACCCGAAUCGCAAUUCUAUAUACUUCGGCUGCGUCGGGUGGUGCAUUCUCGGGUCUUCUUGCAUUCGCUAUUGCCAAGAUGGACGGCACGGCAGGUCUCGAAGGCUGGCGCUGGAUCUUCAUCAUUGAAGGCCUUGCCACGGUUGCAAUGGCUGUCGCAUGUUACUUGCUCCUCUUAGACUCACCAUCACUCUCUCCAGGCUGGCUUAGCCCUGACGAAAUUCGAUACCUCGAAGCUCGCCAACAAGCCGCCAACGGACACAGUCACCACGAAGGCUUCAACAAGCGUAUCCUUUGGAGCGUCCUGGCCGACUGGAAGAUAUACCUUCUCAUUCUAGCGAACUGGUCAAAUGCCGUCCCAAACUACGCCCUCAAAUUCAACAUGCCGGACGUGAUCCAGUCGAUGGGCUACAAGGCAGCCAACGCGCAGCUUCUAACUAUACCCCCCUAUGCCGUCGGUGCGAUAUCAGCCUACACGUUCUCCGUCUUCGCGGAUCGAUAUUCCUGGCGCAUGCCUUUCAUCCUAAUACCCCAGUGUUCACUGAUCAUCGCAUUUGGGAUCCUAUUCUCCAAAGCUGCCAACAUUAAUGACAAUAUCGCACUAUGCUAUUUCUGUCUCUGUCUUGCCUGUUUCGGAAUGUAUCCCAUCCUCCCCGGCGUCAAUGCCUGGAAUGUCUGCAACAUCCCGAAUCCGCACAAGCGCGCUGUCGCCAUUGGGUAUUUGAUUUGCUUCGGGAAUGCCGGUGGUAUCGUGGGCAGCUUUAUCUAUAAGGCUGAUGAGAGACCGCAAUAUCCGACUGGGUAUGGUACUUCGCUUGCGUUCACUGCUGCUGGAAUUGUGGCUGCACUGGUCUUGGAGUUCUCUUUGUGGAAGGCAAAUCAGAGAAAUGCUCUGAUGAGCACAGUGGAAAUUGAGGAGAAGUAUACUGAGGAUCAGCUUCGGGAUAUGGAGGAAAGGAGUCCUUUAUUCAAGUACACUCUAUGA